AUGUCCGCCGCGGCACACGCAGAUGUGCUUUUUGUCAAGAUCAAGGAGAACGGAGAGAGCGACUUGGCAAAGUACUGUGAAACCCGUGGCAUUCCGCACAUCCUGUUCAACGAUUUUGCGGAAGCCUUACCUGUUGUCCGCGGCGUCGUAGAAGGGACGGAGAGUGUCCACGGCGCCCAGUUGAUUAAGGACAUCCGCAAGACAACGGGUGAGCCCAUUCAAUGUUCUCCGCCCUCGUAUCCUCGCAGCCAAGUCGUCAACAGCCACGACCAGCAGCGCCAUGGUAGCCCACCAACGAUCGUCAUGGACGGCCUCGAAUUCGACGAGGAACCUGGUUCUGGUGCUGGAUUGUGUGACUUUACGCCCGACGUUACGCCGUUUCAUUCCCGACCAGUUUCGCCGACCCUGAGCGUGCGCACGAAUGUCACCAACACGGCCGGUGUGAUCGACGACCAAGUACAAGCCACCUCUAGUCCCAGCCUCGUUGCGCACGAACUGAACGAGGUAGAGGAUGGCGAACCAGCGCCCAUGACAAACGAGGAGGGCAAAGUGUUCCGCGAUUAUGCCAAUGCGUGUGACCGUGUCAAGAUGUUCUAUGCAGAGCAACACGCGAAGCAGACGAUGGAAUACAACCUUGCCGCUCGUGAACAUUUCCACACCCGCGAGAAGCUCAAGAUGAGCGUCUGGGAGGCCAUGGAAAUGCUGGACACGCUCGUUGAUGACAGUGAUCCUGACACGUCGCUGUCGCAAAUUGAGCAUCUCCUCCAAACGGCAGAAGCCAUCCGACGUGACGGCAAGCCUGACUGGAUGCAACUCGUGGGCCUUGUGCACGACCUCGGCAAACUCCUCUUCUUCCUAGGCGCCAAAGGUCAAUGGGACGUCGUCGGUGACACGUUCCCAGUCGGCUGUGCCUUUUCUCAGUCAAACAUCUACGCCGAGACAUUCGCGGCCAACCCCGACUCGAAGCAUCCACUCUACUCCACGAAGUGCGGCGUCUACGAGCCAGGAUGCGGACUGGAAAACCUCAUCAUGUCCUGGGGACACGACGAGUACAUGUACCUGGUCGCCAAGAAGUAUAGUCGGCUGCCGCGUGAGGGUUUGGCCAUGAUUCGCUUCCAUUCAUUUUACCCGUGGCAUCGCGAGAAUGGAUAUAUGCACUUGAUGAAGCCCGAGGAUGAUGAGCUGCUUGCCGCGGUUCGCGACUUCAAUCCAUAUGAUUUGUACUCCAAGGCAGACGAGCCUAUUCGCGUCGAGAAUGUCAAGAAGUACUAUCAGGGGCUGAUCAGCAAGUACUUCGAUGAUGUCGUUGAGUGGUAG